AUGUCUUCCAUGACCCACUCCAUGUCCAUGGUCUUCACCACCGACCACAGCACCGCCCUCUACGCCUCCGCAUGGACGCCCCGAACCACCGGCGCAUACGCCGGAACCUGCAUCUUCCUCAUUGUCCUCGGCAUCAUCAGUCGACUUCUCCUCGCCUUUCGCCAGGUGCUCGAGGCCAAGUGGCAUGACAAAGCCGUCAAUCGCCGAUAUGUCGUGGCUGCCGGAGAAGCAGGCCAACUCGACAACAACAACAACAACAACAACAAUAAUGCGACUUCACCGACAGCAGCAGCAGACGAGAAGAGCGACUACGCGACGCUGACAACGAGAGGACUGGAUGAGAAUGUCCGAGUGCUGCGAACGCCCCGGCAGCACACUUCAUUGCCCGCCUGGAGAUUCUCGACCGACCUCCCCCGAGCUUGUAUAUUUACCGUGCAGGCUUUCGUGGGCUAUUUACUCAUGUUGGCAGUCAUGACGCUGAACGUGGGAUAUUUCAUGUCUUCGCUCGCUGGCUUGUUUCUCGGCGAAUUGGCUGUCGGGCGUUACAACAUUAUGGACGAUGGACACCACUAG